CAACAUCCUCUUCUUCAUCCAACCCAAGGAGGAAAUGACGCAGAAUGUUUUCAACCAAAUAAAUCCUCACUUUUUUCGCAAUUGUGUCUUUUGUUAAAUAGCAAAUGAAAAGCUAAGAAGUUGGAUUCGCUAUUUAUUGUUUGAUACGCUAUUUAUUGUUUGAUACGCUUGCAGAAACAACAUAGAUAGAUAUGUCAGAAGAAAUUUCCUUUGAAGACUCUGUGGACAACACUUCAGUAUCUGAUUCAAGUUCUUUGGAAGCGGAAUUAGAGGAAUUAAGUGUUGAAAAAGAGUCGGGAGAUUUAUUUCGAAGUGAAUCUGGUAUCGACACAAGUGCUUUGGAGUUCAACUCAGAAGGUAGUGAAGCCGACGUCAGUAUCUCCAGCUUUGGUAAAAAAUCCAUGGAGGAUGAAUUAGAGGUUGAACAAGAGGAAACUGGAAACGAAUCAAAAUCUUUCAAUGAUACAGCCGACAGCAGUAUCUCCAGUUUUGGUAAAAAAUCCAUGGAGGAUGAAUUAGAGGCUGAACAAGAGGAAACUGGAAACGAAUCAAAAUCUUUCAAUGAUACAGCCGAUAGCAGUAUCUCUAGUUUUGGUAAAAAAUCCAUGGAGGAUGAAUUAGAGGUUGAACAAGAGGAAACUGGAAACGAAUCAAAAUCUUUCAAUGAUACAAAACAGACCAUUAGUGCCCGUGCUAAGUCUCAACAGUUGGCUACAGAAGGCUCGACAGCCCAUAGCAGUACUUCUAUUUUAGUAAAAGGAUUAAUUGAAGACGUAUUCGGAGAUGAAAGAGAUGGAAUUGGAAAUAAAUCGUUUGAUAAUACAGAUCCUAACCCUACUGUCAGUACAAAGUCUCCAAAGUUAGAAACUGAAGCUCUAAAAAAGGAAAGUAGCGCAUCUAACUUAGACAAAGCAAUGAUUGAAGAACCAAUCAAGCAAAUAAAUCUUUCAACAUCAGUUGAAGAAGGAGAAACUGGAAAGAAACUUGAAUCCGUCAGCAAUGCAGAACAAAGUGCUACUUCAGGAAACAAGCAUUCUCUGUCACCUACUGAAGCUAUGAAAGCAUUACGCAUCUCUGAAACACCUAGCUCUGCCAGUAAAGGUACGCCAAGACAAUCCAGAUUUAGAGCUAAAACAUUCAAUAUUUUUGACUCACCUUACAACACCAGGCUAAAAGCUCGCAUGAUUCAAGAGCGAGAGAUGCGGUCUCGGAGUCAAGGGGAAGCAACUGAUGAAUAAUAUUGUAGAGUUUAAAUUUUAUUUGAUAUUAUGUAUAGUAUUUGAAAGACUGGUUUUAAAUAAAUCUUAUUUUUCUUUUAAA